UCCAUCCAGAAGCUUCGUUAAACGCUUAAACCUCGCCUAAAACCCUACCAGUACUUAACCGCCACAUUCAUCCUUCCUUCAUCACUCUCUUCACGCUCGCACCUGAUCGCCUUCUCCUCAUUUUCACAUUUCUACUUACUUUUACCUCGUUUCCGCUUGAAGAAAGUAUGCACAGGCUCUCCAGGCGUUCUCUCUCCGCUGCCCUGCGCGCCGGCGGCUCACGUUACCGGAAUGCAGCUGCUCCGAUUUCAUCCUCCGAUCUCCUCAACCAACCGGCUGGUGAGAAUGAUGCCAAAGUCAGAUGUUAUUCAGCUUUUGCUUUGGAAAGGCACGGUAGCAUGAGAACAGUAAAACCAUUUAAUGCAAGAGGAGGGCUGUUUCUUGGAAGCCGACAUGAGUCAACAUCUGCAGCAUCUGAUAAACAAGGAGCUGUGGCUGAGAAGUAUGAAUAUCAGGCAGAGGUUAGUCGUCUGAUGGAUCUAAUUGUUAACAGCUUGUACAGCAAUAAAGAAGUGUUUCUUAGGGAGCUAAUCAGUAAUGCAAGUGAUGCCCUGGAUAAGUUGAGGUUUCUUGGUGUUACAGAGCCCGAGCUUUUGAAGGAUGCAGUUGAUCUUGACAUCCGUAUACAGACUGAUAAAGAUAAUGGCAUAAUAACAAUCAUAGACACUGGAAUUGGUAUGACUCGCCAGGAACUUGUCGACUGCCUUGGUACUAUUGCUCAGAGUGGAACUGCAAAGUUCUUGAAAGCCUUGAAGGAUAGCAAGGAUGCUGGAGCUGACAGUAAUCUUAUUGGUCAAUUUGGUGUCGGAUUCUAUUCAGCUUUCCUUGUUUCUGAACGGGUUGAAGUCUCAACAAAGAGCCCAAAAUCAGAUAAACAGUAUGUUUGGGAGGGAGAGGCUAAUUCUAGCACCUAUAGCAUUCGGGAGGAGAUUGAUCCUGCCAAACACAUUCCCAGAGGGACUCGCCUCACUUUAUAUCUGAAGAGAGAUGACAAAGGUUUUGCACAUCCAGAAAGAAUAGAGAAACUUGUCAAAAACUAUUCACAGUUUGUUUCAUUCCCUAUAUAUACAUGGCAAGAAAAGGGAUAUACUAAAGAGGUUGAAGUUGAUGAUGAUCAGGCAGAGGCCAAGGCUGAUGGGCAGGAUGAGCCAGCUGAGAAAAAGAAGAAGACCAAGACAGUUGUGGAGAAAUAUUGGGAUUGGGAUCUUACCAAUGAGACUCAGCCAAUAUGGCUUAGAAAUCCAAAGGAAGUUACUACAGAGGAGUAUAAUGAGUUCUACAAGAAGACUUUCAAUGAAUAUUUAGAGCCUCUUGCAUCUUCACAUUUUACAACUGAGGGAGAAGUAGAGUUCAGAUCUGUUCUCUAUGUGCCAUCAGUUUCUCCAAUGGGCAAGGAUGACAUUAUUAAUGCAAAGACAAAAAAUAUCAGGCUCUAUGUGAAACGGGUGUUCAUUUCAAGCGACUUUGAUGGCGAACUGUUCCCACGAUAUCUGAGCUUUGUUAAAGGUGUGGUUGACUCAAAUGAUCUUCCGUUGAAUGUCUCACGGGAAAUCCUUCAAGAGAGUCGCAUUGUUCGUAUUAUGAGGAAACGCUUGGUGAGGAAAGCGUUUGAGAUGAUCCAAGGCAUAGCCUUGAGUGAUAACAGAGAGGACUAUGAGAAGUUCUGGGAGAACUUUGGCAAGUACCUAAAAAUAGGAUGUAUUGAAGAUCGCGAGAAUCAUAAACGUCUUGCUCCAUUGCUGAGAUUUUUCUCUUCUCAAAGUGACGAAGAGAUGAUCAGCCUGGAUGAGUAUGUUGAGAACAUGAAGCCAGAUCAGAAGGAAAUCUAUUAUAUUGCUUCCGAUAGUGUUGCAAGUGCAAAGAACACUCCCUUCCUCGAAAAACUUCUUGAGAAAGAUCUUGAAGUACUUUUCUUAGUUGAUCCCAUUGACGAGGUUGCCAUCCAGAAUCUCAAAUCCUACAAGGAGAAAGACUUUGUUGAUAUUAGCAAAGAAGAUCUUGAUCUGGGUGAUAAGAACGAAGAUCAGGAGAAGGAGAUGAAACAAGAAUUUGGUCCAACUUGUGAUUGGAUUAAGAAACGUUUAGGUGAUAAAGUUGCCAGUGUACAAAUCUCAAAUCGUCUAAGCUCCUCUCCUUGUGUUCUAGUAACUGGAAAGUUUGGUUGGUCUGCCAACAUGGAAAGGCUGAUGAAGGCCCAAAGUGUUGGUGAUACCUCCAGCUUGGCAUUUAUGAAAAGCAGAAGAGUCUUUGAGAUAAAUCCUAACCACCCGAUCAUCAGAACUUUGAAUGAGGCAUCCAAGAAUAGUCCAGAUGAUGAAGAAGCCCUGAGAGCAAUUGAUCUUUUGUAUGACGCAGCUUUGGUCUCUAGUGGUUUCACUCCCGAUAAUCCCGCUGAGCUUGGAGGUAAGAUCUAUGGCAUGAUGAGCAUGGCUCUAUCAGGCAAAUGGGGAGCUUCAGAUGGGUUUCAGCAAUACGCGAACCCCCAAACACAGAUACCCGAAACAGUUGAGGCUGAGGUGGUCGAGCCUGCCCAAGUCAGUAGCCAAAAGUAAACUAAGUAUAUGAUGACCUAGUUGAAGUUUAGCAGUUGGUGGAUUUGAAGCUCUAUCCUAUCCCAAGCCUCACUCUUUAAAGCUUGUUUUUAGUGUGCAUACAAAUUGGAAACGUUCAAAGCCCCCACCGAUUGAUAGAUACUGGCUGUCUUUAGGCUGCUGAGUUUCGGAAAUUUUAUUCCAGCUAUUUAUCUCUACUCUACUCCCAACUCAAUAUGCAAACUGAAACACUUCUGUUGCGAAAUACAAAGUAUUUUCAUAAUCCUUUCCA